GUUUCCCCUCAAAAAACCUACAAGGCAUGGCAGCAUUCUGAGCAGAGAGUCUCCAGCCGACAAGAAGCAGAAGGUUGAACGCUGCAUCAGUGCGCACGACUUUGAUCCUACAGAUAGCUCCUCCAGGAAGACAAAGUCUAGCUCGGAGGAGAGUAGAUCCGAGACGUAUGGUCUUGUUCAGCGCUGCGUUGUUAUUCAGCGGGAUGAAAAUGGAUUUGGGCUGACAGUCAGCGGAGACAAUCCAGUCUUCGUGCAGUCGGUCAAAGAAGAUGGAGCAGCCAUGCGGGCUGGAGUUCAGACGGGUGAUCGAAUUAUCAAGGUGAAUGGGACUCUUGUAACGCACUCAAACCAUUUGGAAGUGGUCAAGCUGAUCAAGUCGGGUUCCUAUGUAGCUCUCACUGUGCAGGGGCGCCCACCAGGGUCGCCCCAGAUUCCGUUAGCUGAUUCCGAAGUGGAUCCGGCAGCAUUCGGGCAUAUGUCACCCAUCAUGACCUCUCCUCAUUCGCCUGGCACGUUUGGAAACGCAGAAAGGAUUACCAGCCCGGUAUUAAUGGGGGAGGAGAACAAUAUUGUUCACAACCAGAAAGUGGAGAUUCUGAGAAAGAUGUUGCAAAAGGAACAAGAGCAGCUGCAGUCCUUGCAGGAAGAUUACAGCCGAACACCAACCCCACGACUGCUCAAGGAGAUUCAGGAAGCCAAGAAACACAUCCCUCAGCUGCAGGAGCAACUGUCCAAAGCCACAGGCUCUCCUCAGGAUGGAGUUUUGUCCUCCCGAUUAGUGGCUGAGUCUCUGCAGAUCAGUGAAGUUGAGACGGAGAGUGGGGAAGGGCUGAGCAAAAUUGAGUCAAGUGGUGAUGGCUCCCGGCCAAACAGUGACAUUGCUGAUAGUCCUCGGAGUGGCCUGAAGGAGCGAGUUUACCUGGAUGAGAGCCCAGAGAAGAGCGAAAUUCAGGAUACUGAUUCACAGUCCAGUGUUGGGAGCCCCUCCUCCCGCGUGGCACCUCAGAUCAUCGGAGCAGAGGAUGACGACUUUGACACUGAACACGAGCAGAUUAAUGGGCAGUGCAGCUGUUUCCAAAACAUGGAGCUGUUGAAGUCUCGCCCAGCUCAUCUAGCUGUGUUCCUGCAUCACGUGGUGUCCCAGUUUGACCCUGCAGCCUUGCUCUGCUAUCUCUAUGCGGACUUGUACAAACAGACCAACUCCAAAGAGACUCGUCGUGUCUUCCUUGAGUUUAACCAGUUCUUCCUGGACCGAGCUGCGAACCUGAAGGUCCCAGUUCCAGAUGAAGUUUCUGUAGAUCUAGAAAAGAGGCGGCCAGAACUCAUUCCAGAAGAGCUGCACCGCCAUUACAUCCUAACUAUGCAAGAUAAAGUCCUUCCAGAGGUCCAGAGGAAUUUGGAAGACUUCAGACAGAAACGUAGCAUGGGCCUGACCUUGGCAGAGGGCGAACUGACUAAGCUGGACGCGGAACGAGUCCGUGACCGGAGCGUGCUGGAGAAGGAGAGAGCAUGUGCAGAGCAGAUAAUUGCCAAAAUUGAAGAAGUUCUGUGGAUUGCCAUCAAUAUGAUGAUGACCAGGAGAAAACCAUCAGAGAGAAAUAUCCCCAGGGUGUCAUCUCAACCUUUGGAAGAGGAUAAGAGUUCCACCAUGCAGUAUGUGAUUCUCACCUACAUGAAAUAUUUGGGGGUGAGAGUCAAAGAGCCCCGGAGUCUGGAGCAGAAGCGUGGACGUAUUGGUUUCCUGCCAAAGAUUAAGCAAAGUAUAAAGAAAGAGAAAGAAGGGGAGGAAAAGGUGAAGAGGAGAGGUUUCCCUAGCAUCCUGGGGCCGCCGAGAAGACCGAGUCGCCAUGACAGUAGUGCAAUUGGCAGAGCCAUGGAAAUGCAGAAGCAGCGUCAUCCAAAGUACUUAUCCACAACCUCUUCUGUUAGCCCAGAGCCACCAGACUCUGGCAAAACACGCCAGAGUGGAUCUUCCAGCGAUGGCACAGAUGUAGCAUACCCAACUGCUAAUCCUAUGUCUCCCCUGACUUCGGGACCUUUUACCUCCCUGGAGGCAAGCAAAGAUAGUGAGACAGGUCCCAAGCAGACUGGAGAAGUUCCACCGUCUAGUGACUCUGUGGAUGGCACCCCCCGCACACCUAAUGCCACCUUUGACUUCCCUUCCCCACCCCUGGACCACUUGCAGGAAGAGGAGGGAGAACUUGAGAGAACAGCUGAGUUGGGAACACCAAAACCUUUCCGCAAGAUGGAGAGCAUGGGCUAUGGAGAUGUCCAAAGUGAGGAUGAACUGUAUGAUUUUGAUACAGACACCGAUCCUCCCAACUGGCAGCAGCUUGUGAGUCGAGAGUUGCUGCUGGGGCUGAAACCGUUUGAAAUCAAACGCCAAGAAGUGAUUAACGAGCUGUUUUACACAGAGCGAGCUCAUGUCCGCACGCUGAAGGUUCUGCAUCAGGUCUUCUACCAGCGUGUCUCCCGUGAAGGGAUCCUCACUCCCUCAGAUCUGCGGAAGAUCUUUUCCAACCUGGAGGACAUCCUUCUGCUCCAUACCGGCUUGAAUGACCAGAUGAAAAGUGUCCGAAAAAGGAAUGAGACAUCAGUUAUUGAUCAGAUUGGAGAGGACUUACUAACUUGGUUCAGCGGACCAGGAGAGGAGAACCUGAAACAUGCAGCAGCCACCUUCUGUAGUAACCAGCCCUUUGCUUUAGAGGUGAUCAAAUCACGGCAGAAGAAGGACUCGCGCUUCCAGACCUUUGUGCAGGAUGCCGAGAGUAAUCCGCUGUGUCGCCGGUUGCAAUUGAAGGAUAUCAUUCCCACUGAGAUGCAGAGACUGACUAAAUACCCCCUUCUGUUGGAUAGUAUUGCUAAGUAUUCAGAACUGCCUGAGGAGAAGGAGAAAGUGAAGAAAGCAGCGGAUCACUGCCGUCAAAUCCUUAACUAUGUGAACCAAGCUGUCAAAGAGUCGGAGAACAAGCAGCAUUUAGAAGAUUAUCAGCGUCGUCUCGACCUAUCUUAUCUGAAGCAGGCAGAAGACCCUAUGCUGGAUGAGUUUCGGAAUUUGGAUUUAACCAAGCGGAAGAUGAUUCACGAAGGACCUCUGACUUGGAAGGUGAAUCGGGACAAAACUAUAGAUCUCUACACCUUGCUCUUGGAGGAUAUUCUGGUGCUGUUGCAAAAGCAAGAUGACAAACUGGUGCUGCGGUGUCACAGUAAGAUCCUGGCAUCUACUGCUGACAGCAAGCACAUAUUCAGCCCUGUGAUCAAGCUGAACACUGUGCUAGUUCGCCAGGUGGCAACAGAUAACAAAGCUUUCUUUGUCAUCUCCAUGUCAGAAAAUGGCGCCCAUAUUUAUGAACUAGUGGCACAGACCGUUUCGGAAAAAAACGCAUGGCAGGACCUGAUAGCUCAGAUGGCAGGGACAGUGAAAGCCGAGGCUUCCACCAGAAGGGUGAUACCAUUACCGCAGCCAGGGCCUGGCGAAGAAGAGCGUGAGGAAGAGGAGCAGAAGUUGAAAGACGAGCAGCCUGAUAUUCCAGCCAGCAGCAUGCAGAGUCCAGAUAAAGAGUUGGGCCUUGAGCCUUCCCUCAUACUGAAGACCCAGUCUCCUUCAGCUGUUAUGUCGGAGAAGUCUGAAGUAGAAGAUCUCCUCGUGACAGAGAGGCAGUUUGACAAAGAGCAGCAGGAAGACGAGCUUGUGCUCAAAGACUCCUCCGCGUGCUACGAACAAGCGACCGCAGACGUGCCUUGCGGGGUGUCAGAAGGGCGGUGGGCACUGGAUGCGUUAAGGAGCUUGGGCUUGUUGAAACAGUUGUUGGUGCAGCAGCUUGGCUUGUCAGAGAAGAGGACCCUUGAAGACUGGCAGCAUUUUCCCAGGUUUAGGACAGCUUCCCAAGGUGCUUGGGCAGAAAGUGGAAACCAGGGUGGACUGCAGCACUCUGAUAAUAACAAGAUGCACCAGCCUGGAGUGGACCGGAUGCCUGUCAGACCUGGAACUAGUGAACCCGCAGCUUGUUAUGGUAUCCGGACUUCAGCUGAAUUCCCAGCUUCACAGGAUGCCGUGCAGCUGGUAUCUAGAGACGCCAGGUCAGGUAAUAAUGUAGUAAUGGACCUUGUAAGCAUGAACGUGGAGACCCCGCUCAUGGAGCUGGAAGGAGUGGGUCCUGAUGACAAUGGAGAGCACUUCUUUGAUGCCCGCGAGGCCCACAGCGACGACAUCCCAUCCGAAGGAGAAGUGACGGAAAGGAAGGAGGAUGAGGAGGUGCAGUUACGGAUCUCAGGAAAUUAUUUGAUCCUUGACGGAUAUGGAACGGUGCAGGAAAGCUCCACGGACGAUGAGGUGUCUUCGCUAGUCCUACAGUGCACUGCAGGCAGCACCUCUCUGGACACGGCGCAGCAGCAACACGUUUCCCCCAGGGAGGCCCAGUCAGACGGGGGGAGCUCCCUGUUUGCUGAGUUCAUGGCCUCCCGCUGGGCGGCUGUGGAGGAGUCCAGCUCCGGAGCACCAAGCCCCCCCUUCUCCGUAGAGUCACGUAUCCAGAUGAUGCAGUACAUUCACAAGAUCGAGGCUGACCUUGAACACUUAAAGGAGAUCGAGGAAAAUUAUGCCACUCUCCUUCGCCAAAGGCUGGCUGGAUCAGCCCCCACAGAUGAGCACUCAGACAAAAGUUAGUCACGUUUUUAGAAGUGGCUGAAGGUUGGAUGAAGAGUAUCGGCGCCUGCUGGCUUCCGUGUGGACUCUGAGGCUACAGGGCUUCUUUCUGUGGACCAUCCAAGUGUUAACCAUACUCCAGCAAAGCAGGGAAUGGGGUGCUUUCCUUCAGGGGCAACUGCACUAGCCUGGCUGGCAGGGAGUCUCUUCCAUUCUCUCCUCUUCCUCUCCUUGCUACUAAAAAAUUGUUUUUGAUUCUGAACAAACAGACAAAAAAAAAAAAACAACCAAACCAAAUGUACAGAGCUUUGGGUGUAGGAUAUAAAAUGUAUUUAGACAUUAAAAAAAAAAAUCAUUGUA